AAAAUAUAGGUACUUUUGUAGACGCUGACGGUCGUUUAUUGAAACGCGGUUGCUGUAGAAUAGCUAGACAGAGACAGCUAAUACAAUACAUGAAGUGAGUAACAGAGAUGACAGCAUUGUCGGAACUUUGUAAUCUGCCACAGCCGAUUCUGGCAUGCGCUCUACUGGCAUUGCCAUCUGUGUCUGUUCUUGGCUUGCCCGCAGGCCGCAUGUGAGUGAGUGCAACAGAAUUUUAUAUUAACCGAGUGAGCAGAGAGUUGAGUUCGAUCGAACGGUUUGUUCGUACUGGUGAAAUUUUGUGUAUUGGUGUAAAUUAAAUUAGGACAUUUGUAUUGAUUUACAUAAAUUGUAUUGUGCAAUAUACCUAGUUCUUUUUGUAUUGUACUGAUUAAUGGAAGUAUUUGACUGAAAAGCGCAUAAGUAGGUAUAAUGAGUGGACGGCUGACGCCAUUCUUGGUUGACUUUUACUCUAUAACCGGCCAUCUUGAUUUUUCGUGCCGUUUCGUUUUCUAAAGAAAAAGCAGCAAAGACAAAACUGGAUUAUAAGAAGUGUUUUGUGAAAAACCGGCAAAAACUUUUAUUUGUUAAAAUGUAUGCCUGUGUUUAUGUCAUGAAUUAGUUUCGCUGUUGAAUAGUGUGUACAGUGCAGUGAAUUGUACCGAAAUAUCUUUAAAGAACUUGAAACGAUUAAUUCGUUCUAUUUUAUAACUGGGACUGGACAAUGAAUGAUAACAAUGGCCACCAAGCUUGAAUCUGAAUUUCCUCCGUCUCCUCAAAAUUAUAAGUCAGAUGGAGAUGAAGAUGUAGAUCACAAUGACCAGGAACAAGAUGAAGAAGAGGUAGAAAAACAAAAGCCAGUUAAUAAUAAUGUUGCUAAUAUCUUAGCUCGAUUACAGUCUUCUGGGGCACUUAUAAAAAAACCGAAAAAAGAAUUCUAUUGCUUCACCUGUAAACUAGACUAUCCCGAUUGGGAAGAGUUAGAGAACCAUCUCAUACAACACGUCUCGCUACCUUCAGUAGUACUCGACAAACUGCCUUCCGACGACGAGGAUGCACCUCCUUCGGGAGACGAAAACUGGUCUGAUGAAGAUGAUGAAGAAUCUCCAUCUAAAGCACUGCCUAAAACACCACAAAAGAUAGAUAUAUCACAGAUACUUAAAUCAAAAGCAAUAUCUUUAAAGAAACCAAAUGAUAAUGACUCGAAAAAUACUAACUCUGCUUUAAGUAAAUUAAGUGGAUUAGGAUUUAUAAUCAAAAGCAACACAACACCUAUCAAAACAGAAAAACCAGAUAGUGAAAAUAAUGAUGUGAUGCAAAGAUUAGGAAAACUAGGUGGGAUAAAGUUAAAAUUAAAAUCUGACGGCAAUAACACCAAUACUUUUAAGGUUGUGAAUGGAUUGAAAGAUUUCAAAGCGUCAGAUGAUGAGGAUGAGGAUGAAGAUGAAGAUAAAGAACCAGAUGAUGACAAUGACAAUGAUAAAUCUGGAGAAAAUGAUGAGUCAAUAGAAGAACAGAGCAGUAAUCAUUCUCGAAAACCUUCUGAAAGUGAUGAUUCAGAUCCUGGUAGUAGUAAAAAUGCAGUACUUAAGCAACAAAUAGGCACUCCUAGAAAAGAGGGAAGGGAUGUAACAAAAAAAAUUACGCCCAUAAAAAUACAAGAAGAAUCGAAAGCACAGGAACGACGAAGACCUGCCGUAAAACAGACACCAAAAAGGGGAGCAAAUGUUACAGCUAAAGAAGUUGCAAGUGAAGGUGAAAUAACGGAAUUAAGAAGGACAUCGGUACCAACUACACCCGACCGGCGAGAGUCAAACGAACAUACAGAUAAUGUAGUUGUCAAACAAGAAGUGCAAGACCCUACUGAAGAAUCUCAAUCAUCAUCCAAUACUUUGUUCUCAGGUCAAGUGAAAACAGAAAGAAUGUCGCCCCCUCUACCAGAUAGUUCUUCCACACCAAUGAUAACUAAAAUUAAAACGGAAAAUGAUGCCUACCCUCCCUCCACUACAUCGUCCAGUAAUGUCACAAAUCCUCUAUUACCCGUCACAAAAACUGAAGAAACUAUGACAAUAAUUGAAAUAAACGGUGAUUCCAAUGACGAAGAUGACGACUGUUGCGUCGUUUCCACAACUCCUGCGCCUGACAUUAAACCUAAAAUAGAAAAUACAAUAGUUGAACCUAAAAUUGAAACUGUGGUUACACCAACUUAUCCUUCAUCUACAUUUCCAACAUCAAGUGCCUACACCAUGCCUUCAACAAAUUAUAGUUCCACUUCUGGUAUAUCUGGUCCACCACCCUUGCAUUCAACGCAAAAGCAACAUUGUUUCAAUUGGAAUCCGCCAGAUUCAAAACCGCAUAUAAAUAUGUUAGAAAAGAGUGCAGAUGAUAUUUUCGAUAGCCUUCUUUCAACGUCUAACAAAAAAGAAUCCAUGAUGUCAGAUGCUAAUGAAUACAUUUCAUUAGAUAAAUUAGGAUCACAGCAUACUUGUGAUGUUUGUAAUACUAGAUUUACGGAUACCUCAUUAUUAGAAGAACAUAAAAGAAUGACUGGACAUUCUCAAAGUUUAGUUACACCAUCAUCGUCAAUGCUACUUCCCUACGCUCCAUCGUCUAAUAUACUCUCCAGCUUGUUACCUGUGAAUCAAAUAGCAGAACAAGUAGGCAAGCUGUCUACUAUUGGUGGUAGCGGACCUGGGUUCACACAUCAACAGAAUGUUAUGAUAAAUAUACAAGCAUACCCUGGUGGUGGUGGAGUGAUGAUGCCCCCACAAGCUCCCUACAAUUCUUAUCAAAGUUCUCCAAAUAUGCAAUCAAAUUACCCUUCAACUAGUAACAUGUAUGGACAGGGACAAGCAAUGCCUGGACAAUAUCAAGGCAAUAAUUACAUGGGUUCUAAUAUGCCAGGCUACGAUCAAUUUUCACAACAAAUCCCGAAAACUAGUUAUAUCAGCACCAUGCCACAAAAUACUUAUGCCACUCCACCAGCGUAUUCUACCAGUUCUCCACUCCAAAGCAUGCAACAAAGUGUAUAUGGCCAAGGAAGCAUGAUGAAUCAACAGCCAGGCUCGAUGGGACCUCCCGGUUCUCCGAGUCAACCAUAUGUUGCGGUAUGCAGUCCAGGUGGUUUAAUGAAAAGCGCUGGCAUUAAAAUUCAAAAUGUUCAGACAUUUUCUCCUGGACAAUUAGGCAGUGGAUCUUCGAACAUGUCUUCCGGAGGGCCCGGUAAAGAUAUGGGACAAAUUACUGCUCCAGGACAACCUAUCGGCGGGCAAAUGCCGCCGCCUACUCAGGUUAGAAUGGCUGCUAAUGUCACAAAUACAGGCCCUAGACCUCGUAUGCCAGGUGUAAGAGGUCAGAGACCCACAAUUCGGCCAGGAAUUCAGGUGCAUGGCCAGGUUAGGGGUGGGAAACCUAAUCCUCGCAUGCCAAUGAAGCGACCGGCUGGGUCUGUUGGAGGACCAGGACAAAAACGCCGAGCAGAUAUGUUACUUCCUGGAAAACACGACAAUGAAGAUUGUCAAGUUAUGGCGAUGCAGAAACAAAGAGAGGGUCUUCCGAUGAUCCAAAGUGUUCAAGGUGCCAAAGAUAAAUUGAACCUCGGCAGUCAAAUAUCUAUAACUAAGAAGACAGUUAACCGUGAAGCGAAUGCAAUGGCUAAUGUGUUGGCGUCCAGAGGUAUUAGCGUUAAACAGAAACAGAAAAGUAGAUCGCCGACUCCAGAAAGGCCUCUUCCUCAUAUACCUAAUCUAGGAGCGGGAGUUAGUAUAAAACAUACUUCGAAAUCAAGUACAUUUUCGAUACCCGAAGCGAAGGUUGGCGGCGGAAUGUUAGCAUGUAAGAUGUGUAAAAAGAUGUUCAUGAAUCAGAACUCAUUGCAAGUGCACAUGACAAAUGCGCAUCCACAAAGUAAACUAAACUUUUAUAAGUGUGACGAAUGUCCGGCUUCUUACCCCAAAUCUUUACAGUUACAACAUCAUAAAAGAGUGUUUCAUAACGUCAGUGGUGCAAACAAAGAGUUAGGUUUGCCAGUGGUUGAUCUCUCAGAACCAGAUAAUUUAAAACGGUUAAGUAAUUUAGGUAUAUAUAGUUUUAUUCCGUUAGCAAAUCGGGAGCAGGCCGACGGUUGUUUCGGUAUACCUGUGAUAUCCGUUCACAAUAUGCAUUCUGGUUUUACGAAUAGUUUGCAAGCCCUUGGUGCAGAUGGACUGUUAAGCUUAGGUCCUUUAAAACCUUUGCCGAAGUAAAAAAUGGUAUAAAGUUUUUUUUUUUUUUAUAUAGAAAUUGUGAUUGAGUUAAAUGACUGAUUUAUUAUAUUAUGUUUGAGAAGAUAGAUUUAUUUUAUUGAUAGAAAUGAAAGUAUUGUUUUUUUUUUGGUUUUGUAAAUCUGUAAAGUUACAUGCUGUAACUGUAUUAAAUAUAUACAAUAUAAUCCGUUUAGUAGGACAAAGGUAAUUUAUUUCUUACUAUAGCAUUAUAAAUAAUACUAUUAUGACUAUUAAAAAUAAUAUA